AUGUACCCAUCAUUCACAUUCCUAUUCCUAAUUCUCCUCUCCUUAUCCUCCAAGGCGUCUGAGCAGGUGUGCCCCAACCAAGACAUAUUGCCCUGCACCUGCAGAAGGUUUCCAUCUGAAGUCAAGUGUUCCCGAGCUACCACUGGGCAACAGAUCUCAUCUGCUUUCAGGAAUGGCUAUGGGAUCUCCAUUCAACUUUGGAAAUUUGAGCUGAAAGACAACACAAUGGUAAAGGAACUCCCCUACGGAGUCUUUGGGAAUGUUUCUUUCGAGAAAAUAUGGAUCGAAGACACUGCCGUGCAGAGAAUAAAUGAGACUGCCAUUCUCCCUUCGAAGGACCGGCUCAAGUGGAUGAGCAUUUCUGACAGUCGCCUGGAGGAUUUUCCGUUUCAAAUUCUUGACGAAUUCUCCCAACUCAAGAAACUCUCCCUCAAUAACAAUUCCUUGACAUCGGUCCCAGCAGUUCGGAAAUUUGAGCUGAAAGACAACACAAUGGUAAAGGAACUCCCCUACGGAGUCUUUGGGAAUGUUUCUUUCGAGAAAAUAUGGAUCGAAGACACUGCCGUGCAGAGAAUAAAUGAGACUGCCAUUCUCCCUUCGAAGGACCGGCUCAAGUGGAUGAGCAUUUCUGACAGUCGCCUGGAGGAUUUUCCGUUUCAAAUUCUUGACGAAUUCUCCCAACUCAAGAAACUCUCCCUCAAUAACAAUUCCUUGACAUCGGUCCCAGCAGUUCGGUGUGCUAGUCUUGAGGACUUCUCAUUUUACAAUAAUAACAUCUCAAAAGUGGAUGAAGAUGGUUGGGAGACUCCCAACUUGAAGUACCUUUUUAUGUCUCACAAUCCCCUGGCGAAGUUUCCCUCUGCCAUGAUCAGAAAUUUGAAGAAACUGGAGAUGUUCGAAUGCUCCAGCUGUCGUCUGGGUCCCACCCUCUCGAGCGGGCUUUUGGAAUUCCGCAGCGGGGCGUUGAAGGUGGUGUCACUGUUUGGAAACAACAUCUCCAGAAUUGACCCUGAAGCCAUGAGAGGUCUCCAGUUUCACACAAAGAUUUACCUAAGCCAAAACAAUAUCUCGGAACUGAACGAGGAAUUCUUUCGCCCUAUUCUCGAUGUUAUAGCGAAAGGAACCGGGUCCCUCUACCUAUACGGGAAUCCCAUCCAGUGUGGCUGCUUCUUGGCAUGGCUGGCACUUGCCCCACAUCUACGUAGACAUGUUAAGGGCUCCUGUGAGGAAGGAACGCUUUUAAAAGCUCAAGAGGCCCGGAAAAUGUGCAAUCUGUGUCCUCAUAAGUGCGUCAGCAAUCUGAAAAUAUCUCUCUGCAAGAACGAAACAGUGAAUCUCACGAAAUUUGACGGAUGCACAAACGAUGAACUAUGUUGCCAGUUAGAAGACCCAAUCAUCGGUCUCCAGUUCCACACAAAGAUUUACCUAAGCCAAAACAAUAUCUCGGAACUGAACGAGGAAUUCUUUCGCCCUAUUCUCGAUGUUAUAGCGAAAGGAACCGGGUCCCUCUACCUAUACGGGAAUCCCAUCCAGUGUGGCUGCUUCUUGGCAUGGCUGGCACUUGCCCCACAUCUACGUAGACAUGUUAAGGGCUCCUGUGAGGAAGGAACGCUUUUAAAAGCUCAAGAGGCCCGGAAAAUGUGCAAUCUGUGUCCUCAUAAACAGAGCAACAUCGAGAUGCUGUCAGUUCAGGUCAGUGAUGGUUCCAUUCACCAUAACAUUAGCACCUACUUCAUUCACGCCAAUUUUAGUCAAGAGACUCUCGACAAUGACUUGAUGAUCCUGAGUCUCGAGGGACCAGUGAUAGUAGAUGAUGGUGCAUGCAUUCUGUGCCUUCAGAGUCACGACAUCCACAGCCUUUCCCAGUGCGAGCUCAUUUCUCACAACAGAGAUAAUGCAUCGGAUAUUGGAAAACCGGUGACAUACCAAGCCUCGAUCACGAAUUCCAGCAUAUGCGAGGAGAGAUUCACUAAAGGUAGUUCCCUCCCGUUGAAUUCCAUUUGCGUCUCCUUCUCCUCGCCCUGGUGCGGGAAACCUGGUGCUCCUCUCUUUUGCAAGGACUCUGGCAUUGGCUCCCCACUGGUCACUUGUCCAUCUCUGAUGACGAAUGUCAAGAGGGGCAAAUUCCCGGGAUCUUCACAGAGCAACAUCGAGAUGCUGUCAGUUCAGGUCAUUGAUGGUUCCAUUCACCAUAACAUUAGCACCUACUUCAUUCACGCCAAUUUUAGUCAAGAGACUCUCGACAAUGACUUCAUGAUCCUGAGUCUCGAGGGACCAGUGAAAGUAGAUGAUGGUGCAUGCAUUCUGUGCCUUCAGAGUCACGACAUCCACAGCCUUUCCCAGUGCGAGCUCAUUUCUCACAACGGAGAUAAUGCAUCGGAUAUUGGGAAACCGGUGACAUACCAAGCCUCGAUCACGAAUUCCAGCAUAUGCGAGGAGAGAUUCACUAAAGGCAGUUCCCUCCCGUUGAAUUCCAUUUGCGUCUCCUUCUCCUCGCCCUGGUGCGGGAAACCUGGUGAUCCUCUCUUUUGCAAGGACUCUGGCACUGGCUUCCCACUGCGAGUGUUGCCGGAAGGCGGGAAGCCUUUGGACAAUCGGAACUAUAUAUGGCCAGCAACAAUUUAUGACAUGGAGAAGAAACACAUCAUCUGCGGAGGGGCGCUCAUUCAGAAGCAAUGGGUGCUCACCGCAGCUCAUUGCGCCGUUGUUGACGGUUCUCCAAGAACUCGGAAGGAGUGGGAAUUACUUGUAUAUCUCGGAAAAUAUCAUCAAAACAACUCAAUGGAUGACGAAUUCGUCCAGAUCAGACAGGUGUCUAAGAUUGUCGUUCAUGAGGAUUUCAACUUUCAGAACUAUGACUCCGACAUUGCUCUUUUGAAACUGACGGAACCAGCUGUGUUGACCUUGCGAGUUCAGUUGGUAUGUCUUCCAUCAGAGACAAAUAUCGAAGUAGAAAAUCGAGGAAAGGUAGCUAGUUGGGGUUCUAACAUAUUAGAAAAACGUUCUGCAGUGUUGAUGGAAAUGGAACUGCCUAUAAUAUCAAAUGCCAAUUGUCGCCAGAACACAAUAAAUAUGACAGGGGACCACACUCUCACCCAUUCCCUUACCUCUAACAUGUUCUGUGCGGGUCAUGACAAUGCGACUCCUCUUGAAGAGUCGCUAAGAAGGAAGACGUAUCCAGAGACUUCGAGUCCUCGGACUCAGAGGCCUAAGCGGGCUGCGGGCCGGCAUGACAGGGCCCAGACCGCAGCCCGCUUUCGAACCCGACCCGUGAGUCGGGUCCGUAAAGCUCGGCUCCACGAGUUUCGGGUCGGGUGGAGCCGCGAUUCGAAUAAGGCCGAUCGGGUCGGGUUCGAAAAAGCAAGCCGUGAAGGGCUCCGGUGGAAAAACAAACGUUAG